AGGCGGUUUUAUUUGGACAGUAAUCUCGCUAAAUUUGACACACUAGCAAAAUCAAAAGGGUUCAAGCUGACUCACUACGUUGAUGGUCUUUCCGAGACAACUUUUGAUCGAAUCAAAGACUGGCAGAACGUACUUCCAAGCCGUCUGCAGGCCGAUGGAAAAAAUCUAGCAGAGAAAGGCCGAGAUCUUAUUGAAGAUGUGCGCUCGACAACUGAAUAUGAAUGGGAUGGAUACCAUUGCUUCAUCGGUAUCCGAAAUAGCCACGCUGUAUUAUAUUUUAUACCUAUAGAGUCGCGUGAAACUCCCUACAACACGACAGGGUGGCAUGAGUACAGUUCCUCUUUUGAAGUUGAUGUUAUUCGUAUGCACUUGGCGUUUUUGGCGGACGAUUCCAGUCGAUAUGCUGCUAUAUCAGUCCGCUGACCAGACAGUUUCAGGGGCACCCAACGAGAAUAUAGUUCAAAACCACUUAAACAUAGCAUUGUUAAACGUGUUUUAGUGUUUAAACGGUGGAUAUGGGCAUAUUUUUAUCCCCUAUAAAUUUUUCAUCUGUUCGGAUUUCCUAGCUGAAAGUCUAGUGAUCCGAAAAUUAUAGGGAUUAAAACUUACCUGUUCGAAAAUUUCAGCCAGAAAAAAGGCUCCCGAAAAUUCUAGGUGACCUUUUUAGGGUAAAAAUCCGUUAAAAAUGGGCAAUUUUACCAUUUUUAGAUGUUCGAAAAUCCUAGGAGAGGCAGGCAAGCAAGAAAUUUUACAACAAAUGUUCCGAAAAUUCUAGAUCUCAAAUCGUCUUCCGAACAGAUAUUUUUCCGAAUAUUGUCGUUGGGUGCCCCUGACAGUUUGAGGAUGUCCGUUUGUUUCUCUGCUGUAACAUACUGACUAGCAUCAAAGCACUGGAAGUUUUGGCGUAUAUAACUGCCCUCCAGCUCGGGAACUAUCGUGAGUUGGACUUAGACUGCUUGGAGUUUACAAAAGCAGCUGCUAAGCUAGCUUCACAACAGUUUGUCACAGCAAGGGAGCUUGCUAAAUCCAAAGUCAGCCUCGAAUUACGGGUGAAAGAGAAUCUAGAUGACCUCACCAUCACUAGUUUUAAAAGUGAAGCGCUCUCUCGCCGCAACCGGUCAUCAAAGUACUCUGCCUUGGUUUCUAUAGUUUCGAUGUUUUCGACUUUAAUCAGCUAUCUUACACAGAAUUAAUAAUUAAAUUGAUGAAUUCACAGAAUUUUUUCCGUAAAUUCACAUUUCUUGAAAUUUGUCUCAGUAUGUAAUGAUUUACGUACUAAUUUGUUAUCAAAUCAUGCUGAUGACACUUGAUUGACUGCAGCAAUCAUUGCAUUGCAUUAUCAUUGUUAUAAAUUGUAACUUUAUGUUAAAGCUUUUGCAAUACUGUAACUAAAUACUUAUAGUCAUGCAAAUAAACCUUAUGUUGUUGUUGUUGUUGUUGCCGAUGCAGUCUUCCUUGAUUCAAAUGUUUCUCGUCUCGUUAAUCGCCCUGACAUUCUACCAUUUCUUUAUCCGUUAA